AAUAAAACAGAAAGAAAAAAAAAAAAAGAAAAAAGGAAGAAAAAAAAACCAUCGCGUUUGGCGAUUAUUCAACGAUGGACCCGCAAGAGGUUGCGCGACUGGCCAAGAAGGUCUGGGCCAGAUACAAACUGGCCGAGCCGACCAAGCGAAUCCUCAUCGGCAUCGCAGGCAUUCCCGGUGCCGGCAAGACAACCUUGGCACGUCGCGUGACCGACGAGCUGAAGGCAAUCCAGCUCGCCGAGGAUGAGACGGCGAAUGGUGCCUUUGUAACAGACAUCCCCAUGGACGGUUACCAUUUGACGCGCGCGCAGCUGGCCGCGAUGCAGGACCCUCAGACGGCUAUCCACCGGCGAGGUGCCGCGUUCACCUUUGACGGGGAGGGCUUCCUUGCGCUAGUACAGAAGUUAUCUCUCCCGGUUGAUGAGGAAUCCGGAGAGCGGGGCGCGGCCGCGAUCUAUGCGCCCAGCUUUGAUCACGCUGUCAAGGAUCCUGUAGCGGACAGCAUUCCCAUCUCGCCCCAGACGCGCAUCGUCAUCAUUGAGGGUAACUAUCUCGCCCUUGAUAGGGAGCCCUGGAAGUCGGCUGCCGCGCUGCUGGAUGAGAUAUGGUUUGCCAGCGUCGACCGGGAGGUUGCGAGGGAGAGGUUGGCCAAGAGGCACGUCGAGGCUGGUAUUGUACCUGACGAACAGGCCGCCAGGGAGAGGAUCAGGACUACUGACUUCCUCAACGCGGAUGACAUUGAACAGAAUUUGCUGCCGGUGAGCGAAAGGGUCAAGUGCGGCUGAUAAACGUUGUAUCUGUUUGCCGGUCUAAAUGUAUCUGCAUGAUCCUACGAGACAUUAUUUUUACACGGUGUAUUACGAAUCUAAACAUAUACCUGGAAACAAAUUCCCAA